GGAGAAAGGAAAAGCUGAGUACUUUUACCCUUUUCAACACCCACCACUCACAGGCUUCUUACUUGUACCCCUCUCUAUAUAAAUACAUAUGCAUAACACACGGAUAUCCUAGGGACUCACCACCCAACAUAGCAUUGUAACAGCGCCCUUUCGCUUGGAAUUCAAAGCACCCAACAUGAUGUUAUUUUCUAGCGCCAGAAACUUCCUACAACGGUUCUGUACUGAAGAUGUUCACUCACGACGCAUCCCGAAUCAUGGCAGCUUCUUUUCCAAUGAUCUCUUGCCAUCGCUUGGAGCCAGAAUAAACCAGACAACUAAACUCAGAAGACAUAUCAUUUCACCUUAUGAUCCUCGGUAUAGAGUCUCAAUCAUGUUGUACUUGUCGUCCUGUAUUAACAGGGCUUGGCAGAUGUGGCUCGUUGUUCUGGUCAUCUACUCUGCCUGGAUCUCUCCAUUCCAGUUUGCAUUUCUAACUUACAAGAAAGACACCCUUUUUGUUAUCGACAACAUUGUCAAUGGUUUCUUCGCCAUUGACUUGGUCCUCACCUUCUUCGUUGCCUAUCUGGAUAGCCAAUCUUGCCUUCUCGUCGAUGACCCUAAGAAAAUAGCAAUAAGGUACAUAUGUACCUGGUUUGUCUUCGACGUCUCUUCCACUGCACCAUUUCAGCCUGUGAGCCUCCUAUUUAGAGAACAAAGCAGUGAACUCGGAUUCAAAUUACUCAACAUGCUACGUCUCUGGCGUCUCAGGAGAGUCAGCUCCCUGUUCGCAAGACUUGAGAAAGACAUCAGAUUCAAUUAUUUCUGGACUCGAUGUUUGAAGCUUGUUUCUGUAACCCUAUUCGCGGUACAUUGUGCUGGAUGUUUCAACUAUCUCAUUGCAGACAGAUACCCUGACCCCACAAGAACCUGGAUCGGUGCAGUAAACCCUAAUUUCAAAGAAGACUCUCUGUGGAACAGAUAUGUCACUUCAAUGUAUUGGUCUAUCACUACGUUAACUACAACUGGUUAUGGAGACUUGCAUGCUGAGAAUCCAAGAGAGAUGCUUUUCGAUAUAUUCUACAUGUUAUUCAACUUGGGACUAACGUCUUACCUAAUUGGGAACAUGACAAACCUCGUCGUGCAUUGGACCAGCCGGACACGGAAUUUCAGGGACAUGGUCAGGGCUGCUUCAGAAUUCGCCACUAGGAAUCAGUUGCCACCCCGCAUCCAGGACCAAAUGCUGUCACACAUAUCUCUGAAAUUCAAAACAGAAGGAUUGAAGCAACAAGAGACCGUGAAUGGCCUUCCAAAGGCCAUUCGCUCAAGCAUUGCACAUUAUCUCUUCUAUCCCAUUGUUGAAAACGUCUAUCUGUUCCAAGGGGUUUCACAUGACUUUCUUUUCCAGCUGGUCUCAGAAAUGGAGGCUGAGUAUUUUCCACCAAGGGAAGAUGUCAUACUUCAGAAUGAAUCUCCAACAGACCUAUACGUACUGGUGUCGGGAACAGUGAAUUUUUUAACCUCAGUUGACGGACAUGAUCGAGUUGUUGGCAAAGCUACUGCAGUAGACAUGUUUGGGGAGAUGGGAGUUUUAUGUAACAAGCCUCAACCUUUCACUGUCAAGACUACUGAGCUUUCUCAAAUAUUACGACUCAGCAGAACUUCUCUAAUAAACACCCUACAGACAAACGUGGACGACGGGCAUAAAAUCAUGCAUAACCUUUUCAUGAAACUGCAAGGGCAAGAGAGCAUACCCUCUGAAAGCAAUGGAGGAAUGACCCCUAGAUGCUGUGCAAUGGAAGGAAGUCAAGGCUAUUCACAUGGGGAUAAAUCAGUUUCUCAAAGAGGGGAAGAUUCACUGACAACAGAUUUUAAAGAGAAGAAUGAAGUAGGAGAAGGCCAUAAUUUUACGAGAGACUAUGCAGAUUUUAUGAAUGGCCAAACAACUCUGCAUGCUGCAGUAUCCAAGGGGCAUAUAGAAAUGACAAAGGUUCUGCUUGAAGGAGGGUCAAACACGAACAAACCAGAUGAUAGAGGGUGGACUCCCAAGACAAUUGCGACAGAGCGAGGAGACAAAAGCAUAUAUGACCUCUUAGUAAGCUACGAAAGUAAAACCCGAAGGACAGGUUUCAUUGACCAGGAAACUGCAUGGCUCAAUUCAGCAAAGGGAAUCACAAAAGUCACUUCGAGUGAUUUUGACGACAGGGAAGCAAAAAGCUUGAGCACGAAGAGAGUAACCAUCCAUAUGAAAUACCAAGUUGAAAGAACAUCAAGCCAAUGGGGGAAAUUGAUUAUCCUACCUCAGUCCAUGGAAGAGCUGCUCAGGAUUGCUGGUGAGAAAUUUGGAGGCUACACAUUUGCAAAAGUCAUCAAUGCUGAAAAUGCAGAAAUUGAUGAUAUAUGUGUCAUUCGAGAUGGAGACCAUCUAUUUUUCCUUCAAAACGACAUAGAAAGUAUGUAAGCCAACAACGGCCACAACAAUCAGAAGGCAGUGAUCUAGAAGCUAGAAAGAGCUGUGUAUAUUCCGCAAUCUGUAUUAGAAAUAUAACGAGAAUAGAGUACAUCAAUUGGUGAAAAUGAGCAUCUGAAACUGGUCACUGAUGCUUACUUUAAGAAGUCUACCAUAAUAGUAACACUUUCACUAGCUACUUUAACGAGAGAGAAAAGAAAGAAAAAGUUAAGGUCACAAUCCUGUGGCUAUAUGAACAGAGUUGGAGACAAUUUCUUCUUCUGUAUCUAAUUGAGCAUACACGAAUGGAGGUGAUUCAGAUCACAGAAAAGAAUCACGGCAUUGAGUUGGCCUAGGAACCUCACGAGCAGCGAAGCAUGUGAAUGAUUCGCCAUAAAGAUCAAAAGGGUGAAGACUGGAAGUGCAUUUUCUUCGACUCAGCAGCCUUAAUGGAAAAUAAUUAUGAGCCUCUCUCACGUGCCUUUAAUUGGAAGAGGAUGAGCUUCUGUGUUGAAGACGAACUUAUCUAAUGGGAUAACGGAACUAUCCCCAAAAAGCAAGUAAAAGUACUUCAAUGUUUCACCGAGAAAGAAGGUCUCCAUCUUGUCCCUUCUUCGAGGGGGAAGGCCAGUUACAUCGUCAAGAGAACUAUAUCCACCAGAAUCAACCUUUGUGUACUUCUCAAAAGCUUCAAAAAUAUGCCAGCCCCACUCACGGUAUCUACAAUAGAUGAGAAUUGGUAAGAAACUGCAAGUAUUAUCUCAGGUUCAGAACUUCUAUACAGGAGCAGAGAGAGCGAGAGGUGCAAGACCAGUGGAAGUUGCUGCAUACAUCUCAAAACAAGUCUUUGCUAGGUCCUCUGCAAGCUUCAAAUUUUCAAGGUCUUCAAAGUUGAGCAAGUUUUCUUCCAUUGCUUUCUUCUUGGUAAAUCCCUUAGUGGCUCCAAGGGCAAGUGUACCAGGCAGAAAGCACACCUACAAAAAUAACAAGUGCGUCAUUUCCUUGUCAUCACUCUAAACUCCGGACUUCAUCAAAAGAUGGCAAAGAAACAAUUACAUGUAUCCAUUCAACCUGACAUGCACUGAACUGAACCCCUAUCAAGAAUUGGCAUACUAUGUUCACCAGCUCAAUGCAAUAAAGCAGACGUGUAAAGAGAAAGUACCCAUUCAAAGAGAAAGUACCAAUGUUCACCAUACAAAGUUCAGCAGAAGACCUGCCAGGGACUUAUUCAGCACUAAAGGUGUAGUCGAAGCAAGAUUAAGCAAGGCAUGCAAAUAACCAUCAACAGCAGACAGUAACACAUGAGUAGCUUUCAUUAUCCAGUCCGUUUGAAAAAAACCUUUAACAACUGUGCAUUUUCCAUACAUUCGGGGACUAUCUAGGUAGCAUCUGGUGUAAACAUUGCCUAAUCUAAAUGGUUGAAGCCAAUCAAAAGAGGUAACAAGUUAUAACUACUCUGGGGUUAGGGACAGAUCUCUGUUACCUAGAUGAAAUGGA